CUCCACUAAACAAAAACCUUCAUCCAAGUUUCGUCUUCCGGUCUCAGCAGCUAGGAAACGGUAAAAGUUUUGAAACGAGUGGCAUGAUUUGACAUGUACAAAUGGAUUCGGGUGAUUCUAAUGAAGAUCGGUCUAAAACCAGAAGGAGAAGCAACAGACAGUCAUCCAAAACAGAUAUAUAUAGUGCUGAUCUUAAGCCCAGACCUCCUUUGAAGAGAACCCGGAAGAUGUUGGAAGAGGAAGUCAAUGGCUCCAAGGAAACGAAGAGGCUUACAGAGAGAGACGAUGGUGAACCCUCUCCUAAGGCCCAAAAGCUUCAGCAGCCAAAUGAGGCAGGGGAUGGAAAUGACAGGGGUGAUGGAGAUCAAACAGAUGUGGAGAUGGAUGAGAAUACGGAUCAAAAUGAAGAUAUGAACUCGGAUGAAAAGGCUGAGCAGGACAGUUGGAAAUCUAAGUCCGGAAUAGAUGACAAGCAUGCUGCAGAUGUACAGGAAGAAAAUCUACAACCCAAGAUGGUUUUGAGGAGCCGAAGAUCCAUUCAUAAGACUGUGGACCCUGAUGUAGAGACAUCAAACUCUACAUUUAGAGAGUCCUCUAGUUUGGGUGCUGUUCAGCUCAAAUCAUUGGAGAACCAAGAGGGGUUCGAAAGAAGACGUAACAUAAAAAAUCUGGACCACACAAAUGAGGAUAAAAGAGAUGCCUUCAGAGGUUCACUUCCUGAGAGUGGGCACAUGUACCAACAGUCUAAACCCUAUAUCUUUCCGGUACACCACACAAACAACCUUCCCAUCAGAAAAAUAGCCCCUCCGCUCAAAAAUGCUGAACUGAAGAAUUUUAUGAAAUCGCUCAACGCAAGAGCAAGUCCAGCUUCCAGCUCUAGAGGCCGUAUGUGGUACGUGUGUAAACUUCUGCAGUGGUCUCUGAUACCAAUAGUAUUGCUGGCUUUAAGCUUGUAUGCCUAUCAGUCCUCUUUGCCUAAAACUAAUGCGGUCAAGCAGAUUAUAAAAGAGAAGUUCAAGAUGGAGAUAUCUGCCCUGCAGCUACGUUUUCCAAGUCAGCGCUCCGUGCUUUGGACUAGGACUGCGAAACAUCUUGAGCGUCACCUGCAGACAGCCAAUCCCACUGAACCGGUCAGCUUGAUUCUGACCGCCGGCUUGGGGGCGAAACGGACAUUGGCUUGUCUUGCACGAAGCUUAGCCACAGCAUAUUCCGCUUCCCUCAACAAAUCCUCAAUCUUAGAAAUCGAUGGGACUACCAAAACUACACAAGAUAGUGACCAGGUCAAACUGGAGAUUGAUACAUCUCUAAGGAAAGCCUUUGAAGGUAAUGAAACUGCAGCCGUUGUCCACAGUUUCGAAGAGCUUCCUCCUGGUUCUACGCUCAUAUUCUAUCGUUACUGUGACCACGAGAAUGCAGCUUACAAGAAAGUUUUUCUGGCUUUCACUGUGAAAGUGUCAGUGGAUAAAAUAGACCCAGGGACCAGUCUGAGUAUCGUAGAGGACAUGGUAUACGAUCAGAUAAAAGAGAAGUUUGUCUCCUCCGAUAAGUCAGCUGUGUUUAAUAAAAUGGACGUAGACAAACUAAGUGGACUGUGGAGCAGAAUCUCUCACGUCAUCCUGCCUGUGUCUGCAGAGGAGAUGAUUGAACAGAUGGGCUGUGAGGCCUGAUUGAAACUUAUCGGACCCCACUGGAAAGCACAAAAUCUUCAUCGACAUUUUGUACAGUUUUGAGUAAAACCUUUGUGGCAUCGCGGCCACAUAAAUGUACAAAGAGAAAAUUCUUAUUCCAAAGACGUUUUUAAAGGACAACUGUAAGAUUUAUUGUUAUUAACAUUUUAUAAAAAUGCUUUUGUAUUUGUUGAUAUUUUGUUUCUGUUAAUAUGUGAAAACCAUAGAACGCCAUGUGUGAUGGCAAGCACUUGAUAAUAUUUCAUCAUUGCUUUUGCUUUAUUCGAAAGCAUUUGAGAUCCAGAAUAAAUCCGCUCAUGAAUUAGAUGUACAGCAUUUCCUUGUACUUGUGUUAAUGAUUAAACUGUUGCACUGAAUUUUUGAAGGUUAACUCUUCAAAUCUAAACUUGACUUUUACAGAUGAAAAUUUUGUUAUGCUUGAUAAUUGUAUUUUUGUGUGAAGAUCAAAUAUAAACAACUCAUUUGUUA